AGGCCAGUGACAAAGAGAGUGACUAGUAUGCUGACAAAUAAGUCGUCAUCCAGUUCUCCCCGGGCUCAAGGUUCUAGAGCGUGUUCGGUACGCCCAAGAUGGCGGGGUAUAUGGUGUCAGAUUGACCCCACCUCAUGUCCCUUAUCAAUUCACAACCUGCACUUUCUGUUAUUUCCAUCCUAUCUAUCAUAGUUUCUGAGCCAUGGCGAGCACUCAGCUGAAGAAACUCGAGCUCUCCACCUCCAAAGCCCAUGUCUUCUACCGCGAAGCAGGAGCAGCGUCAGCCCCGGUCAUCCUCCUCCUGCACGGCUUCCCCUCAUCCUCGCACCAGUACCGCAACCUCAUCCCAAUCCUGGCCGCAAAAUACCGGGUCAUCGCGCCCGAUCUACCGGGCUUCGGCUUCACUGAGGUUCCCGAGGGGUUUGCGUACACUUUUGACGCGCUUGCCACCGUCAUCGCGGAGUUUCUCGACCGCCUCGCCAUCCGCCAGUACUCCAUCUACAUCUUCGACUACGGCGCCCCCGUCGGUCUGCGCUUGGCGCUGCAACAGCCGGCCGCCAUCCUGGCCAUCAUCACGCAGAACGGCAACGCCUACGAGGCCGGGCUGGGCGCCUUCUGGGACCAGAUCCGGGCGCUCUGGACCAGCGACAACGAUGCGGCCGUCCGAGGAAAACUCGCGGCAGGCCUGCUGAGUCUCGCCGCCACCAAGUGGCAGUACGAGGAGGGGACGGCCGCGGACCGCGUCGUGGCGCCCGAGUCCUACUCGCUGGACUAUGCCCUGCUCCAGCGUCCGGGCAACGCGGACAUCCAGCUGGAUCUGUUCUAUGACUACCGCACAAAUCUCCCGCUGUACCCGGAGUUCCACCGGUACUUCCGCGCGUCGCAGGUGCCCCUGCUGGCGGUCUGGGGCAAGCAUGAUCAGAUCUUUGUGCCGGCGGGAGCCGAGGCGUUCAAGGCCGACUUGCCCGAGGCGGAGGUGCAUCUGUUGGAUGCGGGCCACUUUGCGGUAGAGACGGAGACGGCGGACAUCGGGGGGUUGAUCCUUGACUUUUUGGCAAGGAAGGGGAUCUAAUAUUAGGUGAAUGAUCUGGAUUGUAGCCUCCUGCCACUGGUGGGGUCGAUGGGGACGCGCUUGUGUGGACGGCACUCUUGCAUUGUUUAUGCUGCA